UGCCCAUCAGUUGUGGCUAUCAAUGCUCAUCAGUGCUGGCUAUCAGUUCCCAUCAGUGCUGGAUAUCGGUGCCUCCUCAGUGCUAGCUGUCAGUGCCCAUCAGUGCUGGCUGUCAGUACCCAUCAGUGAUGCCUGUCAGUUCCCAUCAGUGCUGCCUAUCAGUUCCCAUCAUUUCCUGCCUAUCAGUGCCCAUCAGUGCCACCUAUCAGUGUCCAUCAGUGCAGCAUAUCGUGCCCAUCAGUGCAGCUUCAUUAGCGCAUAUCAGUGAAGGAGAAAAAUCAUUUUUUACAAGUCUUUAUAA